AUGCUCACAAAUUAAAUACUAACAUGUUCAGAACAUUAGAUGCAAGUGGAAUUGAUUAUUUUAAAUAAAUAAUUGACAAAGCAAUAGAGACUCGCGUGUAAGGAGUGUAUCAACAAAAUGGAGGGAAAUUAUAGGUUUAUCGGUUUUGAUAAAUUUAAAUAACAUGUAGAUGAUAACUAACAUUAAAAGAAUCAAAUAAUUGAUAAAGUAAUCAAUUAAACACUAGAAAUGAUUGAAAAAAUUUAGAAUUAAGUUGAUCAGUCAAAAUCUGAGCAAAUUCAAAAAUAUGCUCUCCUCCAAUCGUAGAUUAACCUCUGGAAAGAAAGUUUAAAUGAAACAAAAGCAAUAUAAUAGUCAUCUAAAUAUUAUUAAGAGGUUGAUCUAUUUUUGAAAAAUGAUUCAUAAUUUCGGUAAAUAAAUGAAUACCAAAUCUAGAGAGAGUUGGGGGAUGCUCUAACCACUCUUCUAUUAAAUUAUUAACCGAAGAUAAUUCUAUUGCUUAAUCAGCUUAUUGAAAUUCCAAAAUUACUCUAGGCUAAUUAUGGCAUUUUUGAAGCCUUUCAGAAUGAGGAAAUAUCGAACUUGAAAGUUGAUAAAUUGUUGAAUAAAGUAGAAAUUAAAUAAAUGAAUGAGGUUUAAUCUUAAGAUUAAUGGUGUUAUGCAAUUUAGUUUGAUAAAAAAGGAGAAAAAAUGAUAUCUACUUCUAACAAAGAUAUAAAAGUUUGGAGCUUUACUGAAGGCAAAUUUCAAUUAAUAUAAGUAUUGAAAGGCCAUCUAAAUAACGUAACAUGUUUACUAUUCACUCCUUAAUCUGAUUGCAUCAUCUCAGGUUCAUAUGAUCAGACCCUAAUAUGCUGGAGUAUGGAUGAAAAAAAUAAAUUUAUAUCCUAAUUUACGGUCAAACAGCAUAGUGGGAAUGUUUAUUGCAUUAUUUUAAAUAAAUUUGGAGAUGAGCUUAUAUCUUCAAGCAAAGAUAAAUCAAUUAAAAUCUGGAAAUUUGACCCAAUUAUCAAAAAUUUACAGAUUUAAUAAUCAUUAGAAAAACAUAAUGAUUCUGUGUACUCUGUGUGUUUAAAUUAAUCAGAAACUUUAUUAGUCUCUUGCGGGCAGGAUUAAUAAAUAAUAAUUUGGAAAAGAGACGAAUUAAGCAAAUGGCAAUUCAAUUAAAUUGUUACUUAAUCAAUCUAAGUCUAUGGUAAGAAACUUCUGUUUCUAAAUGAUGAUUAAUUUUUAUGGGUGACAGCUAAUCAUAAUUAGUAUAAUAACUCUAUCUAGGUCUAUGAAUCUAAGGAUGGAAUAUUCAUGGAGAAUUAGGAAAGUACAAUUCCUCUAAACGGGACUCAAAACUAGGACUACGUCUCAUUUCCAAUACAAUAUAACAGGGAGAGGAACUUGCUGAUUGUUAGACAUAAAUCAAUAAUAUAUUUAAUGAGAUAAUCUUUUGAAGGUAAAUUUGUAAUUUUCAACAAAAUACCCUGCUAGGAUGAAAAUAGUUAUGGGGCUCUAUCACCAGAUGGAAAAUAUCUGGUAUUUUGGGAUUGCAGGUACUCCAAUAAAUAAAGAACUAAUGGGUAGUAUUCAGUUAUUGAAUUCAUUUAUUAAUGA